UUUUAAUAAAAUAAUGGCAGACUUUUGGAAACCUACAGCUGAUUUGUAUAGUGCUCUAUUUGAAAAGCCAAAAAUGACAUAGAAACUACUUGAAAAACCACCUUUUAAAUAUAUAUUCGAUAUUAUAAUGGAAACAACUAAAUUAACAGGUUUCCAAUUUAAAUUUUUUUUAGGUUUUAUAAAUGGUCUUUAUACAGAUGAUGAAUUAGAUGUUACUUACUAUGAUAAUAAACAAAAAAAGCUUAUGUUCCUAUAAAAGAUAAUAGAGUUGACAUCCAUGAUGUUAAAGGAAGAAAUUGCUGCUAAGCCUGGUAAAAUAGCUGCAGGGUUGGAACCAGAGAAUACAAAUCUAUUAUUGUAAGCUAUUUAUAGAGCAGCCGUAAGUGGUAAAAAUAGUGCUCCUUAUAUAGAAGAUGUAUUUUAAAUAUAUAGGAUUUAGGUUCUAGCAAUUAUAGGGGCAAAUCCAAAAGAUUAAGAAGUUUAAGCUCAAGCAAUUUAUAAUUGCAAACCUAUUUAAUAAUAAAUUCCUAACGAAUCUAAGCUAUUACCAUAUCAAAUAAUACAAAAAUAGUAGCAAUAAAUUCAAGAAUUAGAAAAUGAACUAAAAUAAAAAAAUGAGAUAAUUCUAUAAUCUUAAUCAGCUUGA